AUGUCAAAUCCAAAUCAUCCUCAGAAAAUUGUGCGACGGACGCGGCCGCAUGUCUAUGAAAUUUGGCGCCAAAAGGGAAUUUCUACGAUUGUAGAGCGCGCGACCACUCGCGUGACAUUUUUCUCAGAAAUGGCUUCGCGGAGUGAAGAAGAGAGAAUUAGUAGAUGGCUGGAGGGAGAAGACACUGAUCCUAGUGAUAUAGCAGAGAGUGACACUGAAGAUCGAUUUCCAGAAACUCUAGACGUUGGCCGCUCACUGUAUUCUUUGAUAUGA